ACUUCCUGGGCUGGCCAAGAUGGCGGCCUCCAGCGUGAUUCUCGUCCUGCUGGCCGUGGCUUUGGGGUCCCUGUUGCUUGUGUGGUGGGCACGGCAGCGGCCUCGGGCCCGCAGCGUGUGCGUAGUGGUGCUCGGGGAUGUGGGCCGCAGUCCCCGGAUGCAGUACCACGCGCUGUCCCUGGCCCGGCGCGGCUUCGAUGUGACCCUGCUAGGGUACCGCGGCUCCAAACCUCAUGAUGAAGUCCUAAGCAGUAAGAGAAUUCAUAUUUUGCACGUGUAUGAAGUUAAUCGAAUCCCAGUUGGUCCUCGUGUGUUUCAGUAUGGGGUAAAAGUUGUCUCCCAGGCAAUGUACCUUCUGUAUACCUUGCUUUUAAAGACUCCUCCAGUGGAUUACAUUUUACUCCAGAAUCCACCUGGCCUGCCCAGCAUUGUUGUGUGCUGGGCUGUGUGUUGUUUCCGGGGGAGCAAGCUGGUCAUUGACUGGCACAACUACGGCUAUACCAUCUUGGGUCUGACACAUGGCUUUUCCCACCCUCUUGUACAGCUGGCUAAGUGGUAUGAAAAGCUCUGUGGCCGCCUGUCAGAUCUGAACUUGUGUGUGACCAAUGGAAUGAGAGAAGAUCUGGCAAAGAACUGGAAUAUAAGAGCUGUGACCGUCUAUGACAAGCCAGCCUCGUUUUUUACAAAUACUCCCCUAGACACACAACAUCAGCUGUUCAUGAAACUGGGCCACACCUACUCCCCAUUCAGAGCAAGCACAGAACCCUUGGACCCAGCCUGUGAGAGAUCUGCAUUCACUGAGCUGAAUCCUAGGAGCAGGAAGGUGACACAACUCGAUGGGCGGCCAGCUUUGCUGGUCAGCAGCACGAGCUGGACAGAAGAUGAGGAUUUCUCCAUCUUGCUGAAAGCUUUAGAAAGGUUUGAGCAGUGGAUCCUUGAUGGAGCAAACCUCCCGUCUCUAGUCUGUGUGAUAACAGGUAAAGGGCCUCUUAAAGAGCAUUAUGGCCAGAUCAUCAGCCAGAUGUGCCUUAAACACAUUCAGAUCUGUACACCAUGGUUGGAAGCUGAAGAUUACCCUUUGCUUCUGGGAUCAGCAGAUCUUGGUGUCUGCCUCCACAAAUCCUCCAGUGGCUUGGAUCUUCCCAUGAAGGUGGUAGAUAUGUUUGGAUGCUGCUUACCAGUUUGUGCAGUACAUUUCCAGUGUUUACAUGAACUUGUGAAACAUGAAGUAAAUGGCAUGGUGUUUAUGGACUCUGAGGAGCUUGCAGAUCAGCUGAAGAUGCUGUUCUCAGAAUUUUCCAGUCCUGAUAACAGACUGAAGCAGUUCAGAAAAAACCUUAUGGAAUCAAAGCAGCUUCGCUGGGAUGAGAGUUGGGAGCGGACUGUGUUCCCAUUGUUUACUCAAAAUUGAGGGGUUUGGCCAAAGACUUGAAUUCAAUAAACAUCUUUUGAGUAAAAACUUACUGUGUGCAACACACCAUGCUAACAUGCUAUAGAUAAAGUUGAAAAAAUUACAUUCUUGUCCUUAACUAAUACAUAGUUUGUAUUAGUUACAAGGGAAGAAACAUGCCCAUGAACUAUAAUAUAUUAGAAAAUGAUUAAAUAUAUGGGAGAGGUAAAAGAAUGUCUUGAGAUACAGAGAGGAACUAAUUCUUGUGGACAGGAUUAUGAAACGCUUCAUGGAAGAAAUAUUAUCUAUUCUAGGUUAUGAAAAAUAACAGUAGCUUGCAUUCAUGUAACAUUUGAAGCUUUCCAAAGGCAAAGCAACAAUCAGCAGGAUAAGAGGUAGUCAGGGCCUAAACAUUCCUAAAUGGAAAGGAGGAGAUUGAUAUUUUGGGAAGUGAGAGGAUUAUUUUAGAGAUGAUUGAUGUUUUAAACUAGAGAAGAUAGUAAAACUGUUCAUACACAGAGGA